AUGUCACCCCCGGCCUCCAAGCGGCAUAGCGGUAAUGGCAUCACCACCAUCGACAAGCUCGACUAUCCCUCAAACCCCGCGCGUCGCCCUCUCCUAGCCCCCGACAGCGACACCGAGUCGCAACGACGCAGCCAGGGCACCAGCUACGCCGGAAGCUUCUUUGAGCAGGUUGCCGAGGGCAUCUACGAACAAGACCGCGUCAAGAUGCAGCGCGCCGUCCUCCGCUGGCUCAGCUUUAUCUGGGCCAUCGUCAUCUGCCUCUGCGCCGGCAGCAUCACCGCCUUCUCUCUCUAUGGACAUCUGUUCCAGUCCAAGUUGCAUUAUACCCAGGUUCAGGUUAACGCCGUCUCCAUUGGGGCCGAGCUCGGCCUGUACCUCCUCGUCCCCAUCUUUGGAUACCUCUGCGAUCGUCUGGGCCCUGGCGUCCCCGCCGGUCUCGCGGGUGUCCUCUUUGGCGCUGGCUACUUUCUGGCUGCAUUUGCAUACCGGAGCGGCCCGCCACCUGCAGCUGGCGGUCAUGGAUGGCCCCUUGGUGUCAUGAUCCUGGCCUUUGCCUUUGUCGGCAUGGGUACGAGUUGCAUGUAUCUGUCUGCAGUCACGACAUGUGCAAAGAACUUUGGCCGUGGUAACAGCAAGGGUGUGGCUCUGGCAGUACCCAUUGCCGCAUUUGGACUGAGCGGCAUGUGGCAAAGCCAGGUUGGAAGCCGCUUGUUGUACGAGAGGAACGCCGAUGGAACCAGAGGAGAUGUCGACGUCUUCCGCUUCUUCCUUUUCUUGGGCAUCCUGCUCCUUUGCGUUGGCACUGUCGGCUUCUUCGCUCUACGCAUCGUCGACGAAGAAGAGAUGAUUGACGAGGCUGUUGACGAGCUCGAAAGAUCGGGUCUUCUUCAGCGUGACGGCUUCUUCCACCAAGCUGCACAGCACCAUGGCUACGGUACCAUGGAGACGCAGGACUUAUCCGACUCGACCUUUGACUUCCUGCAGUCUGAAGCCGAGCGUCUGAAAGCCAAGGCAGAAGAGGAAGCCCGCAAGAAGACGUGGCUCCUAAACGAAGAAACGCGUCUUUUCAUCAUGGAUCCGACCAUGUGGUGGCUGGCAGCCGGCUUCUUCCUCGUGACUGGACCCGGUGAGGCCUUCAUCAACAACCUAGGCACCAUUAUUGAGACACUUACACCUGCCAACGUCGCGGCCAAUACCUCACCAGCCACCCACGUUUCCAUUGUCGCCAUCACCUCAACCCUCGCUCGCUUGGCUACCGGCACACUCUCUGACAUUCUCGCUCCUGUUGCACAAUCGCACCAGCACCGCCGCAACCCAGAGUCAGUCGCAAACUCUGUGUCAUCCCUCCCGCCUCCUGAACAAUCCCGAAAGUUCACCGUGUCUCGCAUCACUUUCCUUGUAACAUUUGCUUUCCUCCUCUCACUCGGACAGUUCCUGCUUGCUACCGGCUGGGUCCAGAACCACGCCUCUCGCUUCGCCGUUGUUUCCGCCCUCAUCGGCGCAGGCUAUGGCGCCGUCUUUUCCCUCACUCCUAUCGUCGUCUCUGUCGUCUGGGGCGUCGAGAACUUUGGCACAAAUUGGGGCAUCCUGGCCAUGACACCUGCUGCAGGAGCGACCCUCUGGGGCGCCGUGUAUGCUACCGUGUACCAGAAAGCCGCGAACAGUGCCGAGGCCGGUGUUGAAAAAGACCCAGAAGACGUCCUAUGCUACGGCAAGGCGUGCUAUGCACCCACCUUUUGGGCCAUGACUAUUAGUGUUUGGUUUGCUAUCGGCCUUUUCCUUUGGGCAUGGAGAGGCCCUGGUGGUUGGAAGCGAAAGGGCAUUGCUGUAUAA